AUGAGGACGCUCUAUACGAUCUACUUCCUGUUGGCCGCAUCGUUCUUCGCGGGCAUUGUGAUAGCGGGUGUUUCACAGAUCACCAAAGAUCGCCGAGAAACAUCAGUGGUUCCCGAGGUGGCUGUUCGAAGCAAAAGACACCUGCUGCCUAUUCUUGGCGAUCUCUACGGAGUUUCCGGUGCUAAUGCUGCCUCAAACGCUCUAAGUCAAAACAUUGGGGGGUUUGGCUUUUCCAGCUCGAAUGCGAAUGCUAACGCCUUCAACCAGCAGUACGGUUGGAAUGGUUUCGGAUCGUCGUCCGCCAAUGCGCAGGCCCAAUCGUUCCAGAGCAGUGGACCGCUCGGUUCGUUCGGUGCGUCCGCUACCCACGCGUCCAGCAUGGAUAUCAGUGCCGGGCCGGGUGGGCCAGCCGGUUCAUCGGGUUUCUCCGGCAGUCAGACGUACAACUUUCCGGGAAUGGAUCCGAUUUCGAUAGCGUAUUCCACCGGAUUUUCCCACACCGACGGACAGCUGUCUUCCGCGAAUGGGUUUAGCAUUUCACAGGGCUGA